CGGGUCGCCGUGUCUCCCGCUGCGGCGUCCGCAGCAGAACGCGUUCCCGAGACCUGUGCUGCGGCUCCAGGAGGCGUUUAUAGCAAGGUAUCGAAGGACUUUACCGACUUUUAUCUCAGUGAUAGCUCUGCCAGCCCGACCUUCCCGGGUGCUCUCUAGACAGGAGGGCGCGGUAGCUCAGGCCACCAAGGAAAACAAGGUGGGAACCAGACUGGCCGGUCGAGGGGACUGAGGAAGAUUAGGGACUUGCUUUAGAAUCCAGCAAGAAGGAGGGCGAGCUCUGCAGCGAGCACCAUGGCGUGGCCGUGCAUCACGCGAGCCUGCUGCAUCGCCCGCUUCUGGAACCAGCUGGACAAGGCGGAUAUCGCCGUGCCGCUGGUUUUCACCAAGUACUCGGAGGCCACCGAGCACCCGGGUGCCCCGCCGUCGCACCAGCAGCCGGCGCCCGCGCCCCCCUCGGCGCGCACGGUCGCCAUAGAAACACAGCCGGCCCAGGGCGACGGGGAUGCGGUUGCCCGGGCAACAGGGCUGGCGCCGGGGCCUAGCGGAGAACGAGAGGCUGGGGCCUCCUCUGGCCGGAGCGGACCGGGCCCAACCUCUGGCUCCGGCUCCACCUCCAGCGCGGGUCCCGCGGACUCGGUGAUGCGGCAGGACUACCGCGCCUGGAAGGUGCAGCGGCCUGAGCCGAGCUGCCGGCCGCGGAGCGAAUACCAGCCUUCGGACGCGCCCUUUGAGCGCGAGACCCAGUACCAGAAGGACUUUCGCGCCUGGCCGCUGCCGCGCCGCGGGGACCACCCGUGGAUUCCCAAGCCCGUGCAGAUCGCCACUUCUUCCCAGGCGGCAGUGCCUGCGCUCCGUGCCCCCCAGCGCCGACCUCAGAGCCAGGAGCGCUGGCCUGUGCAGGCCGCCGAGGCCUCCGAGCAGGAGGCGGCCCCUGGCGGAGCAGGUGUCCUUGCGGCUGGAAAAGCGUCCGGUGCAGAUGAGCGCGACACUCGCAAGAAAGCUGGGCCCGCCUGGAUGGUGCGGCGCGCCGAGGCGCUGGGGCAGGAGCAGACGCCGCUGCCCGCGGCUCAGGACCAGGUCCAGGCCACUGGCCCCGAGGCGGGCAGAGGGCGUGCGGCGGCCGACGCGCUCAACAGGCAAAUCCGCGAGGAGGUGGCGAGUGCAGUGAGCAGCUCCUACAGGAAUGAAUUCAGAGCGUGGACGGACAUCAAGCCUGUGAAACCCAUAAAAGCCAAGCCUCAGUACAAGCCUCCAGAUGAUAAGAUGGCUCAUGAGACCAGCUACAGUGCCCAGUUCAAAGGGGAGGCCAAUAAGCCAACCCCAGCUGACAAUAAGGUCAUUGAUCGCAGAAGAAUACGCAGCCUCUAUAGCGAGCCCUUCAAGGAACCUCCAAAGGUGGAGAAACCUAGUCUCCAGAGCUCCAAACCAAAAAAGACCUCAGUGAGCCAUAAGCCCCCGAGGAAGGCCAAAGACAAGCAGGGGGCGUCGGGCCGGGCGUCCAAGAAGAAGAGCGCGGAGGGUGCGCGCACCGCCCCGCCCGCCGCCGACAAGGAGCAGAGCGCAGAGAUGAACAAUAAGCUGGCUGAGGCUAAAGAGAGCCAGGUCGAACCCACCAGGGAUUCACCUAAGAAUCAAGGUCCUGUAGCCACAGAGGCAGACAAGGAUCAAGGUCCAGUGGGCCCAGGGCCUCUGAAAGAUCAAGGUCCUGGGAUCCAAGAGCCUUCAAAGGGUCAAGGCCCCACAGCCCCAGAGCCUCUGAAGGAUCAAGCUCCUGUGGUCCCGGGGCCUCUGAAGGAUCUCGGUCCCAUAGUCCCUGCAUCACUUAAGGAUCAAGAUCACACAGUCCCUGAGCCUUUAAAGAAAGAAGGUUCUGUGAUCCCAGCACCAGUCAAGGACCAAGAUUCCUUGGACCCCAUGCCUCUAAAGAAUCAAAUUCCUAUGGUUCCAGCAAGAAUUGAAGAUGAAGGUUCUGUGGUACCAGAGCUUCUGAAGGAUCAAGGCCCCACGGCCUCUGCACCUGUCAAGGACCAAGGUCCCAUGGUCCCAGCACCUGUCAAGGACCAAGGUCCCAUGGUCCCAGCACCUGUCAAGGACCAAGGUCCCAUGGUCCCAGCACCUGUCAAGGACCAAGGCCCCAUGGUCCCAGCACCUGUCAAGGACCAAGGUCCCAUGGUCCCAACACCUGUCAAGGACCAAGGUCCCAUGGUCCCAGCACCUGUCAAGGACCAAGGCCCCAUGGUCCCUGAGCCUGUGGAUCAAGGUCCCAUCGUCCCAGCACCUGUCAAAGACCAAGGCCCCAUGGUCCCUGAGCCUGUGGAUCAAGGUCCCAUCGUCCCAUCACCUGUCAAGGACCAAGGCCCUAUGGUCCUAGCACCUGUCAAGGACCAAGGUCCUAUGGUCCCAGAGCAACUGAAGGAUACAAGUGCCCUCGUCAUAGAACCUGUGAAGAAGGAAGGUUCUGUGCUAUCUGAGUCUGUAGAGAAACAAGGGUUAUUGGUCCCACAGCCAGUCAAAGAUCCAGGGAGGGGGGUCUCAGAACUUCUGCAGGAUCAUGAUUCUGUGAUUGCAGCGCCUGUCAAGGAUCAAGGCCCCGUGGUCCUGGAGCCUGUCAAGAGUCAAGUUCCUAUAAUCCCGGUGCCUCUGAAAGAUCAAGAUCCUCAGGUGCCACCACCAGCAAAGGACCAAGGUCCUAUGGUUCCUAAGCCUCUGAAGACUCAAGGUCUCAGGAGCCCUCAGCUGCCCACGGUCUCACCACCACCCCCAGUCAUGAUCCCAACUGUCCCCCAUGCAGAAUAUGUCGAUGGUUCCCCUUGACACUCACCCCUUGACAUGCCAAAGAAGGAGCUGGAGGUGAAAGUGCUCCCUCUCAGGGGCAGCAAAGACACUUAUUUAAUCUGCAUGAAACACGUAUUGUAUAGUCUUGCUGGAAUCUAAUAAAACUGGUCCCUCUGGCUCA